AUGCUCUCCCCGCGGCUCCCGCUUCUCCCCCUCCUCUUGCUGGCUUGCAGCUUCCGCUGCAUCACAGCGCAGGUGAGGCGGGUCGCCUGGGUUGGGCCGGCACAGCUAGCUGCCGCCACGGCUGCCACCGCCAGCUGCCGCUGCCGCCCCGCUCCCACGUCUGCAACACUUCAAGGCUCUUUUUCUUCUAAUUCUUUAAUUCUAAGCCAGACACGGCCCUCCCAUAACCUGCAGGCUGGCAGCAAUGAGCCACCGCGGCUGAUUGUGCAACUCAGCGGCGGCGGCGCCGCCGCCUCGGCGGCAGGGGGCGGCGACGACGCGGUCGGCAUCGCCAGCGCGGCGCCCGGCAUCAGCAACGUGAAGCUGCUGUCCCCCAGCCUCAACAUGGUCACGGUGCAGGUGGCGAGCGGCAGCGUGGCACAGACGCUGGCGAGCCUCCAGCGCCGGCCGGACGUGGUGUUUGCCGAGGUGGACCACCCGGUGUACCUCGGCAACCGCGUGCACUACCAACGCAUCAAGGCGCAGCUGGCCUGGCCCACCAUCAGCAACGCCUCCAGCGUGCUGACCUGCGUGAUCGACACGGGGGUCAUGUGGAGCCACCCCGACCUCAAGCGCAACCUGCACCGCAUGCCGAUAGCGUAUGUCAAGAAGAACACAGACGACAAUGGGCACGGCACGCACGUGGCGGGCAUUCUGGGGGCGGUGGGCAACAACGGCAUCGGCAUUGCAGGCACCGCCCUGACCUCCAACGUUCUGGCCUGCAAGGCGCUGGACUCCAAGGGGCAGGGCACGGUGUCGACAGUGGUGGAGUGCAUCGACGUGUGCAGAGCCAACCGCGCCGACAUCAUCAACCUGUCUGUCAACACCUUCUCCAACUCCCAGGCGCUGAGGGCGGCAAUUAGGGCAGCCACCAUGGGCGGCGCGCUCUUCGUCAACUCUGCGGGCAACAACAAGUGGGAUGUGGACACCUCUCCAGUGUACCCAUCCAAGUACAACAUACCAGGCCUGGUGGCGGUGGCGGGCACAAACACGAGCGACAUGCUGGAGCCCAGGAGCAACUGGGGCGUCAAGACGAUUGAGCUGGCUGCCCCUGGCUAUCAAAUCUUCUCCACCAUCCUCCCCGGCUACAAGAGCUACAACUACCGGUGCGGCGGCGCCAGGCUGUACUGCUACGAGGACGGCACCAGCCAGGCCGCGCCCUUUGUGGCCGGCGCGGCAGCCCUGGCCAAGGCCGCCUCGCGCAGGCGCCUCUCAAACGUGCAGCUGGCCCAGCUGCUGAUGGAAACAUCAGACCCGGUGCCGCGGCUCAAGCGUAAGGUCACGUCUGGCGGCAUCAUCAACGUCAACAAGCUGAUCCGCAGGGUGCUCCGGGUGUGCCCAGCAGGCCCCGGAAGGUGCCAGGAGGCGGCGGCGCCCUCUCCCGACCGCCUGCUGACAGAUCGCACCUCUUACAUCGCAUACCUGGAGUCUCAGCUGGAGCGUGUGUCGGCAGCCUGCCUGACCGUCUCCAGCUUUGACGGCAGGCUGGAGGAGGCUGUGUCUGCGGUGCGCCUGCUGGAAGACAAGACCCUGAACCUGGCGCGCCUCAUCAGCACCGCCCAGCAGUUUGCCGAGCAGCAGGGGGAGUCGGUGGGGGAGGUGUGCCGCCGCCUGCGGGCCGUGGAAGCGCGGCUGGCGGAGCUGGAGCAGCCGGGGCGGGCCGCGGAGUGGGAAGACAAGCUGCGCGCAGUGUCUGCCCGGGUGGACAGCCAGGCGGCGCAGCUGGAGGCCACGGCGGAGCAGCGGCUGAAGGCUGCGGCGGCGGAGCUGCAGGCGGGGCUGGAGGAGGCGUGCCACGGCAGCCACCUGCACUUGGAGCGCAAGCUGGGCGAGGCAGCCGGCCGGCUGACGGAGGUGGAGCGCCGGGUGCGGGCUGUCGAUGAGUAUGCGCACCAGGCCGACCACGGCGCGGCGGUGGCUGAUCUGGCGGGACGGCUGGGCAGCGUGGAGGACUCGGUGGCGCAUCUGGCCAAGUCCGAUUGCGGCAUGAAGAGCACGCUGGGCUCGCUGCAGGCGGCGGUGGGCCAGCUCAAGACCGCCAUGGUUGCUGUGGAGCUGCGCCCGCUGGGGGCCGCUGCCGCCGACAGCGCCGACUGCCUGCAGGCAAGCCGCGCCUGCUGA